AGUGUAGAGGCUCAGUCAAAGCUCCGCUCCCCCCGCCCUCCUCCCCCAGCUAUUUGCCAGCCAGCUCUGCAUACAGGCAGCCAGCCGCUCACCGUCCUGCUGUUGCGCGGAGUCCCGUCUUCUCCCUCCGAGCUCCGGUGUCGUUUCAUCCCGUCUGAGAGGAUCUAUAAGGGGCCGGAUAGCGAGUUCGGUCGCGUCUCUUUUUGGGGGGGGAAAUACAGUCUUGUCUUUGCGAGCGUUGUUCUCCAGUUGCCCUUCAAGACAUAUGGAGAAAAUGGCCAGACCUCUUCCUAUAAACCCAACUUUCCUGCCGCCGACACACGGCGUACUGAAAUCCCUGCUGGAAAAUCCGCUGAAGCUGCCUUUCCAUCAUGAUGAAGGUUUUGGGAAAGACAAGGAGAAGGAGAAGAAGCUUGAAGAUGAGAGCAGCGCAGCCAACCACCCACAGUCAGCCUUCCUCGGGCCGACCCUUUGGGACAAGACCCUGCCCUACGAUGAGGACAACUUUCAGCUGGAGUACAUGGACCUGGAGGAGUUCCUGUCAGAGAACGGCAUCCCCGCCAACACAGCCCAGAGCGACCAGGCCCAGCAAGCGGCGCAGCCGGCACAGGCGCCGCCACCCGCCCCACCCACGCCCACCGUAGUGGACCUCAGCAGCCGCGCCACCACCUCAGUUCACACAAGCAUGGCGCCUCAGACCUGCCUCCGCAGCCCCAGCACAGCAGCACUGCCCUCAGCCCGCGACACCCCCAGCCCUAUUGACCCAGAGUCCAUCCAGGUGCCCCUGAGCUACGAGCCCGACCCACAAGACCUGGCUCUGUCUAGCGUGCCUGGCCAGGAAAUGUUCGACCCCAGGAAACGCAAGUUCUCCGCAGAGGAGCUGAAGCCACAGCCCAUGAUCAAGAAAGCCCGCAAGGUCUUCAUCCCAGAAGACCUAAAGGACGAUCGGUACUGGGCCCGGCGCAGAAAGAACAACGUGGCAGCCAAGAGGUCACGGGACGCCCGGCGGCUGAAGGAGAAUCAGAUCGCCAUCCGAGCCAGUUUUCUGGAGAAGGAGAAUGCUGCUCUCCGCAUGGAGGUAGCAGAGAUGAGGAAGGAGCUGGGCCGCUGCAAGAACAUUGUGGCUAAAUACGAGGCCCGACACGGGCCCCUGUGAGCCCCCCCCAAAAAAAAAACAACCACCACCACCUACCCAACCACCAACUCACACCCACUUCACUCCCCUGACCCAACUUUCCUAGAGUUUGAAGGACAAUGUGUCUCUCAUGGUGGCACUGCCCCCUGCUCCUCCUCCUCCACCACCCCCACCCCUUCUUCCUCCCCGACAUAAACCUCCCGUCUCACCCUCCACCCUCCCUCAACACACACCUGUAUGAUUCUGGUAUUAUAACUGUCAUUUUGACUUCUAUCAUAAGCUUCAAUUUGUCUGUACCUUCUUUUAUUUUUCUGUACACAUUGUUUGACUAAAUAUAUAUAUACAUAGAUACAUAUAUGUAUUUACACACGCAUACUUCCCACUUUAAUGUACUGUGAGGAAUUAUGAGCCAACCUACCAGCUGAGUCCCCCGCUACCUUCCACUUUUGAGAAACGAUGCCAUGCUGUUUUGUUGUUCACUUUCAUACCAAUUUUAUACGUGAGAUCAGGACUGAAAACUGUUGUUUCCUGUUUCCCUUCUUCUUCUUCUUCUUCUUCUUCUGUGUUAUAACAUGUGUCUGAGAGCCUGCUUAUACCCCACAAAUCUUGUGUUUUUUAAACCCUGUAAAUGUUUUUCUCCCAUCAGCAACUUAAUCUUCUCUUUGACCCUUUUUUAAAACUCUUCUCUUGAUGUUCAUGUUGUAUUUUAGUUGUCAGCGCUCUAACACUUACACAACUUCCCUUCGGCUUCUUUAACAGCAUUCUUGUAUUUUAACGUUCAGAUAGCACUUUAAAAAUACUUUUUUCCUGUGCGGUCGUGGCGUAGAUUUGCCGUUUUAUUUGUUUUAUUUUUCUUCAUCAACUGGUCACUGAGCAAUAAUUCCUGUCCAGAACUAAACUGACAUAACUACCUACAUAUUCCUCCCCCCGACCCCCCCCCCACGGGCUGAUCUCCCCCCUCUCUCCACCUCGCAUUUCAGCUCACCUCUGUUAACUAAGAUAACUUUAUAUAACCUCUGCACUAAUGCGUGUCUCACAAUCUGAUCCAGUGCAAUGUUUCCACUCACUCAAAAUUUUCUCCGCCUCAUAUUUAUCUACCUUUUAUUUCUCAGAUGGAAGAUUGUUGUUUUUUUUAUAUAUAUAAAUAUAUAUAUAUGUAUUCUGUUAAUAUAAUUGUUAGUAUUAAUACUACUCUUGACAUUGUUGUUGUUUAGCUUCCUCCUUGUUUUCAGAUUUAAGCAUGAUUUUCCUUUCACAGAACGAAAAAGCUAUCCGCAAAUCUUUUCUUUCUUUUUUUUUUUUUUUGCAAAGUUGUUGAUAAUUCGUUUUGCUUCUGUUUAACUUAGCAUGAUUAAUAUGAGUGUUUUUAUUUUAGAAAUCAAUACAGAUGUCUGUAGUCUCUCAUCGUAGCUCUAUGUUUGCCCUCUUUUUAAAGAUGGCUGUAUGAAUGUAAAAGAUGUUGACAACAAAAAGGUUGGAUGGUGUUGUCCAAUACUGUGGUUAACCCAAUCAGUUUGUUUACUGCAGACCAAACGAUUCACAACAGAGAUGAUAUAUUGGUUACAAGAGAUAUGUUUAUAUAAACCUAUUCUAUAAGUUGUUCUUUUUGUACAGUAUUUUUCCUAUACAUUACUGAACUAUGUAUUUUAAAGGCACAACAGAUCCAGAAUAUUAUUAAAGAAUACACACAUAACUCAAAGACAAAUGCAUAUAGUGGUAUUUUGAUAUUCUAUAUUAGCUAGGAUGUGGUAGUUUCACAGAGAUAUUGAACAGCACCCAAACCUCCUGGGCAUUAUUAUUAUUAUUAUCACUAUCACUAUGAGUACUAUUAUUAUUAUUAUGGCAACACUCCUGCUUGUGUUGGCGCCGCGUUUAGGCUCCCAUAUCAUAAAAAUCCCAUUUAACUCUGAGGAAGCAGAUGCUGAAAAAUGCAGUCCAGGAGAGAGAAUGUACAGUUAAGGCACUUUUUAAAACCCAUCAGCUCAAACACAACAAGAAAACGCACGUUUGGUCAUCAUGUUGAGUGUUGUAUUUUUCCCCUGACACGCCCCCGCAUCAUUUAAUGAGUUGUCCAGACUUUUCUGUCUUUCAAUUCUUA